AUGCUCGAUCGCUUCAUCAUGAAGGAUUCUGAGCGUCUUCCACAAGAGUAUGGAGACUCGACGGAGGCAAAUCGGGUCAAGAAUGGCGUCACGACGCUCUUGAAAUGUGCAGGCAUCCAUGCAGUAUUGCCAUAUCCGAAGGUCAGCCAGCCGCAUUUUGAUUUCGCCUUCCCGGGCAGGCCGGUUGUGACACGGUGGACUCGCCAUGCCGACAGGAUCUAG